GGCGUCCGCUUCCCUCGUAAGUGAUUUACAGUUAACAGUUGCACAGACCUAACUGUAGUUUCCAUGGAUACCCUGAACAUUUGGGACGGACACGGCCGGUUCGUCGCGGUAACUGUAGGCUGUGGGGUAUUUGUGAAGGUCAACCUCGAGUGGACUGCUGUGCUCCCCCAGAGUCUGGAGACGAGUCUGGAGACCGCGUGGCUUUGUGUUGCAGCUCCUUCACAGCCUCUUGGUCACUUCUAUUGUCCAUUAUUCCUGUGUUAAAUAUCAGCAGACAUGGCAGUGACUGUCAUGGGUGUUCUUUUAUUCAUGGGUGUUCAAUUAUUGCUCUCCAUUCUGCAGCACAUAUUUGCUUUCGAGGAUAACAUUUAGCAAGAAUGUUCUGCUUGGAGAAAAAUCUUGUUUACGGGAAUACGAAAAGAGCCGAUCUUGCUCAUUGUGAAGUUCUGAAUGUUUGUGUGCGUUUCAAAGCCCAACGAAGUUCAUACUUUCUGGAUGGCUGGCCUUUCCUUGCUUUAUUGAUUGCUGUGUCAGAUUUUGUUUAUCUUUUGUAACUUAUAUUCCACUGACCUCUGACUGCAGGUACACUGACCUCCACAGUUCAGGCGCUCUCAUAUAGUCAGGGAAUUUUUGCGGUUUUAUUAGGAUUAUGAAAGACCAAUAUUGAAUUGAUCUUUUUAAUUUAGCAAAGAAAAUGUCUGAGGUAGAGGUGUUUUUUCAGGUCAGAGUUGUAAAAUGAGUCGUGGUAUAUCGUGUGUGGAGGAUUCCUCGGUCCUCAUGUUCCAUCUCUAUAACCAUUACCGUGUUAAUCGUUUACAGAGGUCCACCGAGUUGACCCUGGUCUCCGCCCCUUUAACCUUUGAACCGUGUGCUGAGGUAAUGAGGGGGCGAGAGGUCACAGGAGGUGGCUUGUGCUCGGCCUAUGGAGGACUUUCCUACAUAACCUCUGUGACUCGAGCAGCUCACGCCACUGUCGGGGCUCGGUGGGGUUUAAGCGUUUUGGGCUAAACACUCUCGUCUUGUGAUGCUGCAACACCUUUUCAAUGCAAAAGAUGAUUGUUCUUGCACAUUGGAUGUAUUUCUUCAGCCAAUGCAAACACACGUUUGUAAACACUGAGAAUUCAAUCACUUCCCUCUCGUCCUUUUAGAAAAGCACAGAAACUUGUAUUUGAACUGUAAUCGUUCAACGAUUUUGACUCGAGCAAGCAAAUGCAACUGGUUUUCAAAUGGAGACUGAUUUUGAAAUCCGAUCCAGUCCAGGCGCAGAUUGUGCCGCUUGACCUGACUCGUGGUGUCACCUGCUUGCGGUGCAGUGUCGGACGACCUCACCCCAGAGGAGAAGCAGGAGCUGGAGAAUAUCCGCCGGCGCAAGGAGGAGCUGAUGGAGGACAUUCAGCGGCUGAAGGAUGAGAUAGCAGAAGUGACGAGUGAGAUCGAGAACUUGGGAUCCACUGAAGAGAGGAAAAAUAUGCAGAGAAAUAAACAGGUGGCCAUGGGGCGUAAGAAAUUUAACAUGGACCCCAAAAAGGGGAUCCUGUUCCUGAUCGAGAACGACUUGCUGAAGCACACCAGCGACGACAUUUCUCAAUUCCUCUUCAAGGGCGAGGGCCUCAACAAAACGGCCAUCGGAGAUUACCUCGGAGAGAGAGAUGACUUCAAUCUCGAAGUCCUUCACAUCUAUGUGGAGCUCCAUGAGUUCACAGACCUCAACCUGGUUCAGGCCCUACGACAGUUCCUGUGGAGUUUUCGGCUACCGGGAGAAGCUCAGAAGAUCGACCGAAUGAUGGAGGCCUUCGCUCAGCGCUACUGCCAGUGCAACCCGGGCGUUUUCCAGUCCACAGACACCUGUUACAUCCUGUCAUUUGCCAUCAUCAUGCUAAACACCAGCCUCCACAAUCCGAAUGUGAAGGAAAAGCCUGCGGUGGAACGUUUCAUCUCCAUGAACCGAGGAAUCAACGAUGGAGGAGACUUACCCGAGGACCUGCUCAGGAAUCUGUAUGACAGCAUCAAGAAUGAGCCCUUCAAAAUCCCAGAGGAUGACGGCAACGACCUCACACACACUUUCUUCAACCCAGACCGAGAGGGCUGGCUGCUAAAGCUGGGAGGCGGACGAGUAAAAACCUGGAAGAGGAGGUGGUUCAUCCUCACAGACAACUGUCUUUACUAUUUUGAGUACACCACAGACAAGGAGCCCAGAGGAAUCAUCCCACUGGAGAACCUGAGCCUCAAGGAGGUGGAGGAUAAGAAGCCUAACUGCUUUGAGCUUUUCAUUCCUGACAACAAGGACCAGGUGAUAAAAGCAUGCAAGACUGAGGCUGACGGGCGCGUUGUCGAGGGCAACCACACCUUCUACCGGAUCUCCGCCCCCACUGCUGAGGAAAAAGAGGAAUGGAUGAACAGCAUUAAAGCUGCCAUCAGCAGGGACCCCUUUUACGAGAUGCUGGCAGCCAGGAAGAAGAAGGUGUCGUCCAUGAAGAGGCACUAGAGCUGCUCAGCAUUCCAGAUGUUGCCCUCGACAGAGCAGCAGGGGUCCAGGCAUCCAGACGCCGCGGUCGAGGGCGGCCUCAGACCUCUCCUUCUCGAGGAUUCACACGAGGUCGGGCUUUGGGACUCUACAGGCCAAAACAACAGGAAGCAUGCUGGGGUUUCUCGAUCUUGCUGACCUCCUGUCUCUCUCUCUCUCUCAGCUUUGUGUGCUCUCUCAAGGAAAUGUUGCUGUUUAACUGCAAAAUCCUCUUUGAAGAUGCUUUAAAAACUAACACAAUUCCCAUAUACAGUGUGCACAUACACCCCAUGCAAACACUCAUUCCCCAGUAGCACACAUCAUUUAAACUCAGCAGGUCUGACCAAAUGUGGCACUCCAACCAAAAUAUUCCCCUCUUUCUAGAAGAAAAGCGAAGACCUUUUCUCAUGUGCUAGGGUAAUACAUGUCUAUUUUUACAGCUCUUAAAUACCAAUUCCUCUUCAGUCUUUUUUGUUUGUUUGCUUUUGUAUGAAAAUUUAAAAAAAGGUCUUGCCAGGGAUGCAGGGGCUUGCUUUGCCAACGUUUUUUUUUUAUUUUAUAGAAUUUUUUUGUUUGUUUUUCUAAUAAUAAAAUUGCCACUCAGGAGAUUGUUACGAUGUUCUAAAACUUGUCGACGUGGAUUCUGUUCACAACACGACAGCCGUGUGAGGAAUGAAAGCCUCGUCUGUGUCCCAGACUAAAGUGUUUGUAAAUGUGACGAGCGGCGCCGAUGAAGGUUCUGCUUGUCUGGACGGGGUCGCCCUGUUGGAUCUCACUCUGUUGAUUUCUUUAAGGUCCCAGAGAUGCAUCCUGGGGAUUAGUGUCUUUUUAAAGGGACGAGUGGUCAUCACCCUGAGCCUCUUUUUGAGGUCUUAGGCUGUCUGGAAAUUAAAAAUGCCAGCCCCUUUUUAUAUUUUCUCCUCUUCUCUUUUAUUUAAACACAAACUGCUUCCUGUUCCCUGAUUUCAUCGUUCGUUCGGUUUCUUCACUGCUGCACAGUGCCUGGCGCUCGAUGAAACGUGAUAAGAAAAGCUGCUGGUUAGCGACGGUAAUUCAGUUUUCUUCUCCCAGUCAAACAACAUUUAAUAUUUUGUUUCUUUCCUCUUAAUUUGUCUUUUCUUUGUAGAGGGUUACCUAUUGAAUGGUAAAACAGAUCUCAUGUCAUCUACAGCCGUCAGCCCGACCUCAUCCAUCGUUGUACUGUGUGCUUCAGGUUGUUGAUGUGUAAGACAUAGUAUAUGACAUAUUGUUGUAGAGGCUGUGAAGCAUGUGUGGUUGGUUGACGCUGCGCCUGGGUAACAAGGGGUCGUCCCCGUCUCAGGAUCCAAAGUGAUGUGAAACGAUACAGAACUACGAGUCAUGUGAGGAAUGUACUGUGGCGAACCAAAAGAUGGCGGUCAGGGCGGUUGGUCACACUGAGGCAGUGACAUGUCAUUUUGUCAGUUCGCCACACAAAACUGCGUUGAGGUACAAUGUUUGCGAACGCAGAGUUGUCCAUCACGCGGCUGUCUUUUCUACUCUUGUCCUUGUCUGUGUGUGCCUGCUGCGCCUCUUCCUCUCUGCUCCUCUUCCUCCUCUCAGUGCUCUAAUCCUAGGGAAAUAAGGAAAAAUGCAAAACAAUCAUAAUUCUCUAGACAGUAUUGGUUUUAUUUAUCAAAGUUGUACAUAUUUAUAUGUAUAGUGGGUAUUUUGUCUUGUUUCUUAUUAGUUGUGCCAUUUUCUUUUGGUAUUCUGUUCAAUGUUUGAUUUGAGGUUUGUAUCAUUGCCAUUUAAUCAAGCUGAAAUAAAGACACAUGUGUCACAA